GGUGCCGGGAUUUCUGACAGGUUCAGGACAUUGCACAAGAGCGGGGAAGACCCAGCUGAGGAAACACAAUGGCUAUUGCCAAAUGCAAACCCUCCCUCCUCCUCUCUCGGCCCACAAAGUUGUGUACUUCCCUGUACCUUCCCCAUUUUAUCUCCGUUCCUUCGCCCACAAGUGGCAUUCUCUCUUUUUUUCUCAGCUUGGGUGUAUCUCAGAACAAGCUGAGACGUUAAAAGACUUUAGGUGCGUGUGUCUCUCUCUCAAGGGAAAGAAGAGAGAGAAACGGACGGGAGCCUAUCCCAACUUCUGCCGCUUGCCUUUUGACAGAAAGUAAGACCAGAGUUCAAAAUUCAGACAAACAUCGCUGAAUCAACACAGGAAAAGCCUUCCUCAACAACGUCCAUAGGCCAGGGAAAGCAAUCGACUGCAAAACCCAGGUGUAAAAAGACAGGAAACCCUGCUGUGAUGAGAUUCUGCUUCUUGCUUCUCGCUCUGUGGCACGGAGUACUUGGUGAUGUCCUCCAGCUAGACAAAAUGUACGGGAGGAUCGCCUCUCCAGACUUCCCCAAUGUCUAUCCUAACAGCAAGGAGAGGAUAUGGAAUAUCACUGUUCCCCAAGGCUAUGCUCUGCGCAUCUAUUUUACUCACUUCAACCUUGAGCUGUCUUACCAGUGUGAAUACGACUAUGUCAAACUAGACUCAGGAGGAAAGGUCGUGGCCACUCUCUGCGGCCAGGAGAGCACGGACACGGAAGAGGCCCCUGGGAAAAAGACAUACCGCUCCAUUAACAACAACUUAGCAGUGACUUUCAGAUCGGAUUAUUCCAAUGAGAAACAGUUCACGGGCUUUGAGGCCUUCUACGCUGCUGAAGACAUUGAUGAGUGUGAAGGGCAAGCUGAUGGUGAAUUGCCUUGUGACCACCACUGUCACAAUUACCUGGGCGGCUUCUAUUGCAGUUGCCCGAUUGGCUACCUUCUGCACAGGGACAAGAAGACUUGCAAAGCGCACUGUCCGAAUAAGGUGUUGACGGCAAGAACUGGAGAGUUCUCCAGCCCCAAUUACCCCAACCCGUAUCCUAAAAUCUCCGAGUGCAGCUAUAGCAUCCGGGUGGAAGACGGUUUCAUGGUCAUCUUAGAAUUUGUGGAGAUCUUUGAUGUAGAAGCCCAUCCAGAUGUACUGUGUCCUUAUGACAUCCUGAAGAUUAAGACACCCAAGAAAGAAUUUGGUCCAUUCUGUGACAAUUCCUUACCUUCCAAAAUUGAAACGCGUACCAAUACGGUGGAUAUCACGUUCAUCACCGACAUUUCUGGUGUUCAUGCUGGAUGGAAGCUCAGAUAUCACACAACAGCUUUGCCAUGUCCCAAUCCUCAAGCACCCCCCAACGGCCGGAUCUCCCCAGUGCAGGCAAAAUAUAUUUUGAAAGACUUCUACAGCCUCUCCUGCAACUUGGGCUACGCACUUUUGGAAAACAAACUGAUUGUCAAAUCCUUCAAAGCAACCUGUCAAAAGGAUGGUACCUGGAACAAGCCAAUGGCCCAAUGCACCAUUGUUGAUUGCGGCCCUGCCAAUGACAUAGCAAAUGGCACCCUUGUGUACGUCACUGGAAAAGAGAUGUCCACAUAUCAAGCUGAAAUCAAAUAUAACUGCGAAAGGCCCUUCUACUCCUUGAAAACCGGAUACUCUGACAACUACCGGUGUGCCCCUGAUGGUUUCUGGAGAGAUCAAAAGGGAAAGAAAGCACCUCCGGUCUGUGAACCAGUCUGCGGAGUCCAAACGUCUAACACUCUGAAGCGUAUCUUUGGAGGGCAGAAGGCUCUGCCGGGCCAAUUCCCUUGGCAGGUUUUAAUCACGGAUGCGCAUGGAGCAACUGGGGGCGGAGCCCUUUUAUACGAUAACUGGAUCUUGACCGCCGCUCACGUCCUCGGCAGCCCAGUUGACGCCUCCUCCCUGACCUUGAAACUGGGGCUCCUCAACAAACGCUCCCCUCAUUACCACCAAGUCUGGGCAGAAUCGGUGUUCCUCCACAGCGGCUUCGCCAACGACGGCAUCAACUUCGACAAUGACAUUGCUCUGAUUAAACUGAAACACAAAGUUCCCAUUAACAAAAACAUCACCCCGAUUUGCUUGCCGGGAUACAACCCCGGCUUCCGGGUGAACACGAACGACACGGGAAUCAUUGCCGGCUGGGGAAAAACGGAGCGGGCCCGGCAGUCCCGCUUCUUGCUGUAUACCGAGAUAGACGUUGUUGAGCCUGACAAGUGCAAAGCGGCCUACGCAAACCGGACUUUGGAAGGGAAAAAACUCGUGCUGACAGAAAAUAUGCUUUGCGCGGGAACUGAGGAGGGGGGGAAGGACUCUUGCUAUGGGGACAGCGGAGGCGCCCUGGUGUUCUACGAUACUAAAGCCAGGAGGUGGUUUGUUGGCGGUGUGGUCUCCUGGGGUCUGGAAUGUGGUUCUGCUGGGCUCUAUGGGGUCUACACUAAGGUGCCCAAUUACACGCCGUGGAUCGAGGACCUAAUUGCACGCCAUUCUUAAUCGGUUUUUGUUUGUGUUUUUCAAUAAAGCAUAGAACACGGUUAGUUCUGUGGAUUUUAAUAAUGCUCAUCUAUAGCCCCCCCUACAACCUGACUGGGGUUUAUUUUGGGGAAAGAGCCACAGAAUCCGAUUCUAAGCUGUGCAACCAACAAAUCAAGCUUUUUCACCAAGGCGAGUUGGGUUCUUUGUGAAUUUCUUAUGACAAAAGCUCAACUGAAAAUUCCACAGGGGCCCCCAAUUAUGACCACGGCCCAUUUUAAAUUGAAAAGAUUCGUAAAAAUUGCCCAGCCCAAAUCUAUUCAGUUUUUUUUUUCAUGGGGUUAAAGCCAUCAGUUUUUUCCUACCGUAUUUAAAGACCAAAUUUAAAGUCUAUCAUUUUAAAGUCCAAAUCUUUUAACUCCACUGGGGCUAAUCUCUCCCCGCCUCCCCUUGCAUUUACAUUUACUGAAGCUUAUCUUAAUUAGCUCAACCUAGCAAACAAGGAAUUCCUUUAUUAGCUACCAAAGAGUUGGAGGUACUAUUCUCUUUUUAUAAACAGACAUCCCUGACAACUGGUGGGGUGGGAAGGAGGGAGAAAGAAUGUCAGGAGUAUGCAGCCCAUAGGAACAGGGCAAGAGCCCAGAGGCCUGCUCAUUCAGCUGUUAACAGUUUGGUCUCAACUGCUGCGAUCAAAAUGCUCCAAGAUUUAAUUCACGCCCACACAAAUGAUGGACUGGAAAAAGGAAUUCUCAUCAUCACAUCCAUUUGAGUAGCAAAGUCUCAGUAAUUAAGAGAUGCUCAGCAGGCAACUGAAACACACAUUUGCUCACAUUGGGCCUCUGUUAAAUUACAAUGCUGCUUAUUACUAAAUGAAGCUCAUUAGCAAGAUAAUCCUUCUAGCGGUGGUAAACCGACUGUGUUCCUUAUUUCCCUCUUUAAAUUGCAUUAGCACAAUACAUACAAGGGCUACAAAAGUUUAAAACAAGACUCCAGACAAUCAAGUUAUGAGAAUUUUGUUUAUUAAACUCACUUUCAACACUAACGGGGGAAAAAAAUUAACGAUACGAAUCAUGUUUGAAAACAUUUCUAAGAUGCUUAGGGAUUGGAAGGGAAGGGACAGUAGAGCCCUUAGUGCUUGAAGUGGCAUUAAAAUGAUCACAGCAUGGGUCCCCCUCUGUUCAGAAAUGGCCCUUGGGCUUUAUAAAUACAAGCUAACAUAAAUUACUGAAACCAUGCUAGUGAGGUAUCAAACUUACCCUCAGGAUCCUUCCUGGGAUGACACAGUUUAGCCUUGGGAGGUCCGAGAAAACCAUAUUAAGUGUUACUCAGCAGCAGUAGCUGGUGUUAAUGCAAGUGCUAAAAUGCAAAAUUCAGAUGGUACAGAUUUUGGCAAAUGGAUCGGAUUUAGGCGAAGUAAAGAUUACGCAAUGUAAGACUUAUUAUAUCCUUUGGAAUAGUCACAGAUCUGUUUUACAUCAAGAACCAUCUUCCGGAAUAAUAAACCAGUUUUAGUUAUCGAACAACCAUGCCACAAUAAGCACCCAGCAGAUAAGUUUUAAGAUCUACACGGAUGUCCUUUAAAAGGAAAUAGGAUUUUUAGGCUGAAAUGCAAACAAAAUCAGGGAAGCAAAAGGUUUUAAAAUGUAUGAAUUUAGUCGGGACCAAAUUGACGGCUCCCACUACCUAUCAAAUGAAAGUUGUAAGUUUGUAUCGAGUAAGGAACAGUAUAAGGCCUGUAACUAUCAUUUAGAGCCAAAUGUUUGCCAAAACUUUGUCCAACUGUUCACCACAUUGAAACUGAGGUUAAUAGCAUCCUAUUCCCAGCAGGGCUGAAUACCCUGAGAACACAAUGCUAUAUAUACUCAAGGGUUAUUUGAGAUCUUUGCUUAAAAUUAGUGGUGGACAUUAGUGGUGCCUGCUGGCCAGGGAUGGGGUACUUCAUGUAACAGAAUUGCAUUUCAGAUGUUUAUUGCAAAAGGUAUGAAGAUAAGGCUGGGUCUUAAGUUUUGGAGUUUCUGCUACAUGAGGCAGGCAAACCUAAAAAACAUUUUUUAAAAACUUAAAUUUUUAUCCUAAACGAUACUUUUAACCAAUUAAAAAAAUAGGAGCUCUUUUGCUCCUGGGGGCUGUCAAACACACACACGUAUUACUUAAAUCAGUUUUAUUUAAGAAUUUCCUACAUUGACAAAUCUUAUAAAAAAGCAUCCAAACACAGAACUUCAGCAAACAGCAUUCAUAUGGAUAUCUUACAGACAGAAAAAACGUCCACCCGCAAGGGAACACCUGAGCUUGCAAGUGAGCUUUGCUGGAAGAAAAAAAGAAAAAAAAAA